AUGGAACCUUGCAGUAAAAAGAUCCUUUCAAAUGGCGGUGACCAGCAGGAACUCUUACUUUGUCAACUCAGUGAUACCAGUACACUGCUUGCUCAGCUCGGCAUUCUCGUCAAUGAAGGACUCGACAGACUAAUGCAGAACCAAGGAAUCACAUCGGCGGUCGAUGAAAGCAGUGAGGCGGGCGAGAACGGCGUCGAGAAGAGGAAACACGAAUACCUCAGAUUUGGCAAAAGAAAGCAUGAGUAUCUACGAUUUGGCAAGAGAAAGCACGAGUACUUGAGGUAG